AUGCCGCCCUAUCUCUCGCCCUUCCGCGUAGUCGAACCUUCCUUACCAGCACAUUGCGAGCCUGCCAACGAAUUUCUACGAAUUUUGUCAACAACGUUCCACACUUGCGUACCCACGAAUCUCGCGUUUGUCAGUACACUGCUUGGAACAUGCAGUAUCAUAUCAUGGCUCUUCGCACAAUUGCCGCAGAUAUACAAGAAUCAUAAGCUCAAGUCGACAUCGGGGCUCAGCGCCUUUUUUCUGACGGAGUGGUUGCUGGGUGAUAUUACAAACUUGUUGGGCUGUCUGUUUACCGGCCAAGCGAGUUGGCAAAUUAUUAUCGCUGGAUACUACGUCUUUGUGGACUGCUGUCUGUGCGCACAAUGGGUGUGGUACGAGCUGUUGCAUCAUGGAAGGCCACUGCGCCCGAUUUGGGGACGUUGGAGGAGUGGAGAAAACGAUAAUGCUGACAAUGGGACACCUGGAAUGUAUGAGGUGGUCAAGGGCAGCACCGCAAGCACAAUCCCAGCUAGAGAAGCGCCUGAAGACUCGAGCAACCAGAAGAGCUCACCGAAAGCCACGCUUGUUAAUACGCCGCCUCGCUCAAACCCCAUGAACGCAUUCCAGACGCUUUCCCCAGGCACAGCGUCAAAUCGAAACAUCCGCCGCGUAGCCGCUUCGAGUUCCCCUAUGCCCUCACCGAAGACUGUUCUCUACAUCUCCCUCCUCUUCGCCGUCCUUGCCAACCCCUCGAUCGCAACACCAGUUUCACCGUUUGCUCCCACCCCCUACAACGUUCACGCCCUCUCCACACAGUCCACAUAUACGACCCUCUCCGCCUCUGAAGUUGCGGGCAAAGUCUUCUCUUGGAUGAGCACAUUUCUUUAUCUCGGUUCACGGAUCCCGCAACUGUACAAAAAUCAGAUCCGCAAAUCAACGGCCGGCCUCUCGCCCGCGCUCUUUGUAGCAGCCUUUUUCGGGAACCUAUUCUAUUCAUCGUCCCUUCUGGCGAACCCUUGCGCUUGGUACGACUACGCGCCUGGCGAAGGUGCCGGCUGGGUAGGUCCUGCGGGCAGCGUACGCUCCGACUGGGUUCUCCGCGCGGCACCAUUCUUCCUCGGCGCGGCUGGUGUGCUCAUCAUGGACGCAGCAGUCGGUCUACAAUUCUACUUGUUCCGCGACAACGAAACGCGCGGACGGUCUCGUGCACAGUCUGAUGAAGUCAUCGUCACUGUCGACGACCACGGGAAGCAGACGCGACGACGCAUGCACUGGCGACGUGUGAGUGGCUGGAUGCGCGGAUGGGCGCCUUCGGUCAGCGUGGCUGCGACGCCCAACUCCAGUCGUGCUGCUACACCUGUCGCGUCCAGUCCGAACCCGAGUCCCAGCUCGUCAUCGAGCUCUCAGUCGAGUGCAAGUAAGAGCCAGAGCAUCCCUAUCCAAGGGCAGGGUGGUGCAUUGGACGAGGCGAGGGCGCUGUUGGGUAUGGGUUCGGGGCGACAGGCGAGUCCGAGGAGCUACGGCGCUGUGAUUGGAUCGCCGCGGUAG